UGGAAGUAUGGCGGCCUUAGCGACAACUACUCGGCCAAAGUUUAUUGCCCAGAUUUUCACGUGAGAACAAUGAAUAAGCGCACCAACCGAGGGGACAGGUAACGAAGAGUGCGGCGACUGUGAGCACCGGGAAGGGUUUGCAGGAGCGGUCUGACAGCGCUGUCGCCCACCGGAGUUUCCUCGAUAGACUUUUGCGCCUCCUUGAUUGAAGUGCCUCGGUCCGGGUACCACGGGGAAGAAACUCCGCAAGACGGAAAGAGUGGACACGGAAGUUUGGAAACUAAUUGAAUACCUUGGGUUUGGAUGGACCGGUUGACAAAGCUUUAUGCCGUGACUGCCAGGGAUGUUUCGGUGGAAAAGUUAAAGCACACUGUCGGAUGUUUUCGCCGGCGUGGUGCUCAGUGAACCAGCGACAGCCAACUGUUGACUGCUCGAUGUGCACACCAGCAGCUAACGUUAGCCUCCGCGGCUACCUCCAACAUUAGCUUUAUGCAGCCAGCUAAACAACAAUAUAAACCCUCCUGUGGCCUCAGUCCAGUGGAAGUGCCUUCUUUUGACUUCUGAAUGACUCAGGUUCCAUUAAUGCAUGAUAAACGGAGACAUACCAGAGUACUAAGAAGGACCUACAGUGUUGAUCCAAGUCACCCACACUCCUGGAGACGCCAAACUGAUCCAGGGAAAGGGACUCCUGUUUCCUCCCAGUCCUGUCCCUGCCUGGUGGCCAACUGUUGGACGGUGAGCAACUGAGUCCAGCUUGGAGAGUCCCGGCUGCGGCCUGGCACCCUGCCCUUAUGGGGCAGCAGCCGGGGAAGUUUGUAGGGGACCAGAGGAGACCCAGUCUGCCAGCCUUCAUCAAGGGUGGGAAGAGAGAGUCAUCACGCCAUGGGGCCCAGCACUGUAAUGUUUUUGCUGUGCACGAAGCUCUCCAGAAACCAGACUUUGAGCCCCAGGGUCUGACAGAAGCGGCCCGCUGGAACUCCAAAGAGAACCUGUUGGCUGGACCGAGCGAGAAUGACCCCAACCUGUUUGUCGCUCUCUAUGAUUUCGUGGCCAGUGGGGACAACACCCUCAGCAUUACUAAAGGAGAGAAGCUGCGUGUGCUGGGCUACAACCACAAUGGAGAGUGGUGUGAGGCACAGACCAAGAAUGGCCAGGGCUGGGUGCCGUCCAACUACAUCACCCCUGUCAACAGCCUGGAGAAGCACAGCUGGUACCAUGGGCCCGUGUCACGCAAUGCUGCAGAGUACCUGCUCAGCUCAGGCAUAAACGGAAGCUUCCUGGUCCGGGAGAGUGAGAGCAGCCCUGGCCAGAGGUCCAUUUCUCUGCGGUACGAGGGUAGAGUCUACCAUUACAGGAUUAACACUGCUUCUGAUGGCAAGCUGUAUGUGUCAUCAGAGAGCCGUUUCAACACACUGGCGGAGCUGGUGCACCACCAUUCCACCGUGGCCGAUGGCCUCAUCACCACACUGCAUUACCCUGCACCCAAACGCAACAAGCCCACCAUCUAUGGAGUGUCACCCAACUAUGAUAAGUGGGAGAUGGAGCGCACUGACAUCACCAUGAAGCACAAGUUAGGAGGAGGCCAGUACGGGGAGGUGUACGAGGGCGUUUGGAAGAAGUACAGUCUCACUGUGGCUGUCAAGACACUAAAGGAGGACACUAUGGAGGUGGAGGAGUUUCUCAAGGAGGCUGCUGUCAUGAAAGAGAUUAAACACCCCAACCUGGUACAACUACUGGGGGUAUGCACACGGGAGCCACCAUUUUACAUAAUCACAGAGUUCAUGACCCAUGGCAACCUAUUAGACUACCUGAGGGAGUGCAACAGGGAGGAGGUGAACGCUGUGGUGCUGCUCUACAUGGCCACACAGAUCUCCUCUGCCAUGGAGUAUCUGGAGAGAAAGAACUUCAUCCACAGGGACCUAGCUGCCCGUAAUUGUCUAGUGGGCGAGAACCACCUGGUGAAAGUAGCAGAUUUUGGCCUGAGCCGGCUGAUGACUGGAGACACCUACACAGCACAUGCCGGGGCCAAGUUUCCCAUCAAAUGGACCGCACCAGAGAGCCUGGCCUAUAACAAGUUCUCUAUUAAGUCUGAUGUGUGGGCGUUCGGCGUGUUACUAUGGGAGAUCGCCACCUACGGCAUGUCUCCGUACCCUGGCAUCGACCUGUCUCAGGUCUACGAGCUGCUGGAGAAGGACUAUCGAAUGGACCGACCAGAGGGCUGUCCUGAGAAGGUCUAUGAACUCAUGAGGGCCUGUUGGAAGUGGAACCCUGCAGAGCGUCCAUCUUUUGCUGAAACCCACCAGGCCUUCGAGACCAUGUUCCAGGAGUCCAGCAUCUCUGACGAGGUCGAGAAGGAACUGGGGAAGAAAGGGAAGAAGGUGACAUUAGGCUCCAUCCAGCAGGCUCCAGAGUUGCCCACCAAAACCAGAACUCUGCGCAAAAAUAUGGACAACCGGGAUGGAGACAGCCCUGACCCAGUGGAGCCGGAGGUGGCUGUGUCAUCACCCAUGCUCCCCAGGAAAGAGCGCCCCCUUCUGGACACCAACCUGAAUGAGGAUGACCGACUGCUACCAAAAGACAAAGACAAGACGCGUGGCUUCCUCAGCCUUAUCAAGAAGAAGAAAAAGAAUGCCCCAGCCCCACCAAAACGCAGCUCCUCAUUCAGAGACAUGGAUGUCCACCCUGAGAGGAGGGGCCUGAAUCUAGAUUCCAGAGACAUGGACAACAUCAACAAUGGUGCAUCUGUUGCCUUUAAUGACACCACACACAACAUUGACCCCAUAAAGUUCCUGGGGUCUAACAACAAUGGGGCAGGGGGUAUCGCCAAUGGGGCCCCCACCUACCCAGGACCACUUUUCCCCAGGAAAAAGGGGGUCCCUGCAGUGCCAGGUCCUGGAGGUAAGACAGCUACCACGCCACCCAGCGAGGAGGAGAUGAUGUCUAACUCCAAGCGCUUUCUGCGGUCCUCCUCUGCGUCCAGCAUGCCCCCUGGCUCAGACGGCACCGAGUGGAAGUCUGUCACUCUGCCCCGUGACCUGGGCCAGCGUCACUUUGACUCGGGCACCUUUGGAGGCAAGCCAGCACUACCACGCAAAAGAGCCAAUGAGCAGAAGGGGGAUAAUGCCCCUAGGAUGGGCACCUUGACUCCCCCCCCACGCCUGCCCAAGAAGACAGAAGAUACAUCAGAUGAGGUGUUUAAAGACACUGAGCCCAGUCCAGGAUCUAGUCCUCAGGCAUUAACACCUAAGCUGGUGAGGAGACCUGGAGGCCAGGGGCUGGACAACUCCAAGACCAGCGCUCUCCAGGCCGAGCUGCUCAAGCCCAACGUGUUUCCUGCUCUGGGGGCAGCCGGGGACGAGUGCAGGGCCCGCCGGAACAAACACACGGUGGACUCCUCAUCUGUCAGGGAAAGAGGCAAGUUCCAGAAACCCAAGCCAGCCCCUCCACCACCACCCUCCAAUGCCAAAUCGGGCAAGAUCUCCCGCAGCCCGACCCAUGAGCUCCCGUCCCCUUCAUCCAGCACGUCAGACACCAAAGCUAAGGGCCUCCCUUCACUCUCAGAAGCCCAGCACACAACCACUCCCAGUGACCAGGCCCGCUCACCCCUCAGUGAGGGCUCGAAGAAGCUGCCUCUGGGCUCCACCUCCAAACCUCAACCGUUAAAGACCUCCGCUUCCUCCACUUCAGUGACCACCUCCAUCUCCAGCCAGAGCCUAGGAGGCUUCUCUUCCUCCCUCACUUCUCCAAGCGAUCAGACCUCCCCCACUGCUUUCAUCCCCCUAGUGAACAGCCGGCGCUCCCUUCGCAAGACUGCACCCCGCCAGCCAGCUGAGCGCACGCCCAACUCGGCCGUGACACGGGAGAUGGUGUUGGAGGGCACCGAGCUGCUCCGAGCAGCCAUUUCCCGCAACUCGGAGCAGAUGGGCAGUCACAGUGCUGUGCUGGAGGCCGGCAAGAACCUGUCAAAGUACUGCAUCAGCUACGUGGAAUCCAUCCAGCAGAUGAGGAACAAGUUUGCCUUCCGUGAGGCCAUCAACAAGCUUGAGAGCAGCCUGCGCGAGCUGCAGAUCUGCCCCACUGCCACCGGGAGCGCCAGUGCACAGCAGGACUUCAGCAAGCUGCUCUCCUCUGUCAAAGAGAUCAGCGACAUUGUUCAGAGGUAGCGCCAUAGACUCCCAACCUACCAAGACAUAACACUUGAACUGAUAUGAACUUUAUCUUACUACCAUUUUCCUGGCUAACUGCAUGACCCACAGUUGUUUUCACUAAAUGUGGUCCAUGCUGAACUCAUGUUGGAGAGCAGAGUGAAGCGAAUUGGAUUCACACUAAGUACUGGAGUACACUUUGAAACACUUAAGCCUGUGGUUAUUGUGGACGGAAUCAAAGAAAUCUUUCUCUAGACAUUUCAAACAAGAGUUUGUAAUAUUGAAAAGCCUUAACUAUGAAUGAACAUUUCCUUUGGCCUUAAAGAGAGGCACGGGGCCAAUUCUGUAUCAACAUGACUUUUCACCAAUCAUUUCAGAAAUGAUCAUGUCUUACUUUUCCUAGUUCUUUUCCUCAUCAGUGACACUAGUAGAUUAAAAAAAAACCCUGUGAUACUUGUUUCCAUCACUGUCUGUGUGUAAAAUUUUGCAUUGCUGCCAAUGACUGAGCAAAAAAACAAAAAUAAAACAAACAAAAAACACCCUUAACCUCACUAUGUUUAAGGAUGCCUUCUAACAUUCAAAGCCCUUCUUGUAACUUGUAUUUUCACCUGUAAGAAUUAGGGAGCUUCUGGAAUCGCACAAUGUUAUAAUCUGAUGUCUCCAGCCACCUCAUUCAUCACUUCCCCUCUGCUAUUGGAUGACAUGAAUGAUGAACAUGUAUGCCUGUGUGUGUCAGUAUUUAGUCUAAGUGGAUGCUUAUCGCAGUAUUUGCAAACAUGUGCCAUAAAGGAGUGAUGGAAACAAGCAAACUAGGCAGAAAGAACACCUUGUUGCUUCUCUGUACAACUUGGUAAAAAAAAAUAGUGCCUUAAACACUAUUGGUAGAACUCUGUUCAAGACUUGCCACUUUAAAAAUGCCGAAAUAUGGCUUUGGUUGGACUGUGCUCAGUGGUUGUGCUAAUACAUCUUUUGAAUUUACAUGUUUGAUCUCCAUACCAAACACAGUUGUCUCCAGUAUUGACUGGAGAGGGACCAGGGUGCAGGAUCCGGAUCUCACUGGAUCUUAAUGUUGUCCUCAGACUCAGUGCUUUCCCGAUUUUUCUGAAUUUGAUUCAAUGUUCUGUACUUGCCAGUCACAAAAGCCAUCAGUAGCAGCGUGGCCUUAGCAGAAGAGGGAUCACAGACUGAAACAGUGUUUCUCCUACCAAGGAACAGGCAGGAAGAGCCUCUUCGCCUAAAAGAAUAAGUUUUGGUUUCAGAGUAGAGUUUGUGUCACAUGGUCUGAAUGCUGUUGCAGAGGCCUUUCCACCCCAGCAGAAAAUAUAUCCUGGGGGAAACACUGGACUGAAAUGAAAUGUUAUGUCUAUGGACAUCUGUCACUUGCUGUCUUACAAAAUUUUAAGUAUAAGUGAGACCAUUAUUGACUGUAAAAAAAAAAAAAAAGAAAAAGAAAGAAAAACAUGAAAUUCCACUGUAACAUUAUACGUUCCUUUAUGCUCUUCCUCUGCAUCUCUCGUUGAAAGUUUUCAGUAUUUUUGCUGUAGUCCAAACCCCGUGUGCCCUUUCUGACUGCGAUGCCUGAGGACACAAGCUGCCUUGACUUCACCGUGGUACUGUCAAUGUUGGCUCAUUCUUAAUCUUUUUGUUUUGUUUUGUUUGUUUUAUUCUUCCCCUUUACCAAUCAUACCACUACUUCUCUUUUGUAUCCGAGCCUCCUCACCAGUUUUGUAGACAAAUUUUGCUUUCCUUUGUAAAUAUGUAUUGUCUUUUUUUCUUAUUUGUUCAUCCCCCUAGCCUUGGUGCAAUUUUUGUUGCAAUAAAAUACAAUGCAGUUGUGCUACUUGAAAUACA